AUGGGCGGGAGUGACGGCCGAGCCUGGACUCCGUGGACAGUUCACUCCCAGACAGCCCCAGAGCUUGGCUGCUUUCUUCCCAAGCGCACCAGGCGCGGCGGCGACAUGCUCGGGGACGGCGCGCUCCUGGCCUCUCUACUCUGGGUGGCCGUGCAUUGCCAGCAGAGAGGCCUGUUUCCUGCCAUUCUCAAUCUUGCCAGCAAUGCUCACAUCAGCACCAAUGCAACCUGUGGCGAGAAGGGUCCCGAGAUGUUCUGCAAACUUGUGGAACAUGUGCCCAGUCGCCCUGUGCGAAAUCCACAGUGCAGAAUCUGCGAUGGCAACAGUGCUAAUCCCAAAGAACGACAUCCAAUAUCAAAUGCAAUAGAUGGCACCAAUCACUGGUGGCAGAGUCCUAGUAUUCAAAAUGGGAGAGAAUACCACUGGGUCACUAUCACUCUGGACUUGAGACAGGUCUUUCAAGUUGCAUAUGUCAUCAUCAAAGCUGCUAAUGCCCCUCGACCUGGAAACUGGAUUUUGGAGCGCUCUGUGGAUGGCACCAAGUUCACCCCCUGGCAAUACUAUGCAGUCAGUGACUUGGAGUGCUUGACACGCUACAAUAUAACUCCACGACGGGGUCCACCCACAUACAGGGCAGAUGACGAAGUGAUUUGCACCUCGUAUUACUCCAGACUGGUGCCCCUCGAGCAUGGAGAGAUUCAUACAUCACUAAUCAAUGGAAGACCAAGUGCUGAUGAUCUUUCACCCAAAUUGUUGGAAUUUACUUCUGCAAGAUAUAUCCGUCUUCGCUUACAGCGCAUCAGAACCCUUAAUGCAGAUCUUAUGACCCUAAGCCAUCGGGAGCCUAAAGAUCUUGACCCUAUUGUUACACGAAGAUAUUAUUAUUCAAUAAAAGACAUUUCCGUUGGAGGAAUGUGUAUUUGCUAUGGCCACGCUAGUAGCUGUCCAUGGGAUGAAAUGACAAAGAAACUACAAUGCCAAUGUGAGCAUAACACCUGUGGGGAGAGUUGCAAUAAAUGUUGUCCUGGAUUCCAUCAGCAGCCCUGGAGACCUGGGACUGUUUCUUCUGGUAACACAUGUGAAGAGUGUAAUUGUCACAAUAAAGCUAAAGAUUGUUACUACGAUGAAAGUGUUGCACAUCAGAAGAGAAGUUUGAAUACUGCUGGACAGUUCCAAGGAGGAGGAGUUUGUAUAAACUGUCUACAGAACACCAUAGGGAUCAACUGUGAAGCCUGUAAAGAUGGAUAUUAUAGACCACACAAAGUUUCUCCUUAUGAGGAUGACCCUUGCCGUCCCUGUGACUGUGAUCCCUUGGGGUCUCUCAGUUCUGUCUGUGUUAAGGAUGAUCUCCAUUCUGACUUACACAAUGGGAAGUGGCCAGGUCAGUGCCCAUGUAAAGAAGGUUAUACAGGAGAAAAAUGUGAUCGCUGCCAGUUUGGCUAUAAGGGCUACCCCAGCUGUGUUCGCUGUGAAUGCAAUUUGGCUGGUAGUGUGAAUGAUGACCCCUGCACAGAGCCUUGUCUCUGCAAGGAAAAUGUUGAGGGGAAAGCCUGUGAUCGCUGCAAGUCAGGAUUUUAUAACUUGAAGGAAAGAAACCCCCAGGGCUGCUCCGACUGCUUCUGCUUUGGUGUGUCUGAUGUCUGCGACAGCCUUUCUUGGCCCAUCAGCCAGGUCAACGACAUGUCUGGGUGGCUGGUCACUGACUUGAUCAAUUCAAAUACAGUCCAGUCUCAGCAGGAUUCUCAUGGCCGACUUCAUCAAAUUAGCAUCAAUAACUCUGCGGUCAUGCAAAGGCUGACCUCCAAGUACUAUUGGUCAGCUCCUAAGGCAUACCUAGGCAAUAAGCUGACUACAUUUGGUAGAUUCCUGAAAUACACGGUGUCUUAUGAUAUUCCAGUGGAGACAGUGGACAGUGACUUAGUCUCUCAUGCAGAUGUUAUCAUUAAGGGAAAUGGACUCACUUUAAGUACACAGGCUGAGGGCUUAUCAUUGCAACCCUAUGAAGAGUACUUCAAUGUGGUCAGACUUGUGCCUGAGAACUUCCGAGACUUUAAUAACAAAAGGGAGAUAGAUCGUGACCAGCUGAUGACUGUCCUUGCCAAUGUAACACAUCUCUUGAUCAGAGCCAACUACAAUUCUGCAAAAAUGGCCCUUUACAGGCUAGAUUCUGUCUCUCUGGACACAGCGAGCCCUAAUGUUAUAGACUUGGCCCUGGCCACCGAGGUGGAGCACUGUGAAUGUCCUCCAGGCUAUUCAGGUAUCUCAUGUGAGUCAUGCCUCUCAGGCUAUUACCGUGUGGAUGGAAUACUCUUUGGAGGAAUUUGUCAGCCUUGUGAAUGCCACGGCCAUGCAACUGAGUGCGACAUUCAUGGCAUUUGCUCUGCUUGUACACACAACACCACUGGAGACCACUGUGAGCAAUGCUUGCCAGGCUUCUAUGGGGUGCCAUCCCGAGGAACCCUUGGAAACUGUCAGCCCUGUGCCUGUCCUCUCUCCACAGCCUCCAACAAUUUCAGCCCCACAUGCCACGUGGAUGAUGGAGAUGAAGUGCUCUGUGACCAGUGUGCCCCAGAAUAUGCAGGAGCUUGGUGCGAGAGAUGCGCAGAUGGUUACUAUGGAAACCCAACAGUCCCUGGGGAAUCCUGUGUCCCAUGCAAUUGCAGUGGCAAUGUGGACCCCUUGGAGGCUGGGCACUGUGAUUCAGUCACUGGGGAGUGCCUCAAGUGCAUUGGGAACACUGAAGGAGCCCAUUGUGAAAGCUGUGCCAAAGGGUUCUAUGGAGAUGCUGUGACAGCUAAGAAUUGCCAUCCUUGUGAAUGCCAUGAAAAAGGUUCCCUGUCUCAUAUUUGCCAUCUUGAGACUGGACUCUGUGAUUGUAAACCACAUGUGACUGGACAGCAGUGUGACCAGUGCUUGAAUGGAUAUUAUGGGUGGAGCACAGGACUUGGCUGCCUGCCCUGUAACUGCAGCACAUCAGGGUCCAUGUCAGAUGAUUGCACGGAUGAAGGCCAAUGUCACUGUGUCCCAGGAGUGGCUGGGGAAAGAUGUGAUAGGUGUGCACGUGGCUUUUAUGCAUACCAGGAUGGUGGCUGCACACCCUGUGACUGUGCUCAUACUCAGAAUACUUGUGAUCCAGAAUCUGGAGAGUGUAUCUGUCCUCCUCACACUCAGGGUUUGAAAUGUGAAGAAUGUGAGGAUGGAUACUGGAGCCAUGACCUGGAACUCGGAUGCAAGGCCUGCAAUUGCAGCAGUGUGGGGUCCGUUAGUCACCAGUGUGAUGUGCUAACUGGCCACUGCCAAUGCAAGUCCACCUUUAGGGGUCCAAGCUGUCGCCAGUGCUCGCUGGGCCACAGAGACUUUCCAGCCUGUGUUUCCUGUCACUGUGACCUGAGAGGGACGUUGGUGGACACUUGUGAUAAGGAACAGGGUCUUUGUAGCUGUGAAGAGGAAACUGGUACCUGCUCUUGCAAGGAGAAUGUUAUUGGCCUUCAGUGCAACACAUGUAAAAGUGGCACCUAUGCUCUCAGUGCUGACAACCCUGUGGGGUGCACCCCGUGUUUCUGUUUCGGACUGUCACAGUUCUGUGAAGAAUUGGAGGGCUAUGUGAGGAUCCCAGUAAUGCUGGCCCCAGACCAGCCUCUUCUGCGUGUAGUUUCUCAGAGUAACCUGGAAGGCACGACCGAGGGGGUAUAUUAUCAGGCUCCUGACAUCUUACUGGAUGCCGAGACUGUCCGGCAGCACGUUCAAGCAGAGCCGUUUUACUGGCGACUGCCAGAUCAGUUCCAGGGAGAUCAGCUCAUGGCCUACGGUGGCAGACUGAGGUACAGUGUGGCCUUCUAUUCUGUGGAUGGCAUUGGCACCUCUAACUUUGAGCCUCAAGUUCUCAUCAAAGGAGGCUGGGCCAGAAAACAAGUGAUUUACACGGAUGCACCUGCACCUGAGAAUGGCGUGAGACAGGAACAAGAAGUGGGGAUGAAAGAGAACUUUUGGAAAUACUUUAACUCUGUUUCUGAAAAGCCUGUAACGCACUCAGACUUCAUGUCUAUUCUUAGCAACAUUGAGUACAUCCUCAUCAAGGCCUCAUAUGGUCAAGGACUACAGCAGAGCAGAAUUGCGAACAUUUCAAUGGAGGUUGGCAGAAAGGCUGAGGAGCUGCAUCCGGGUAGAGAGGUAGCCUCCCAUCUAGAGAACUGUCUCUGUCCUCCUGGCACAGCUGGAUUCUCCUGUCAGGAUUGUGCCCCUGGGUACUACAGAGGAAAGCUUCCUGAAGGGGGUAGCAGGAGACUCCGUCCUCUGAUUACUCCCUGUGUGCCCUGUGAUUGCAACAACCAUAGUGAAGCAUGUGACCCAGAAACCGGAAAGUGCCUAAACUGCAGCGAUAACACUGCUGGUGAUCACUGUAACACAUGUGCCCCCGGGUACUAUGGGAAGGUGACCGGCUCUGCCAGUGACUGUGCUCCGUGCGCUUGUCCUCACACCCACCCUGCCAGUUUCAGUGCCACCUGUGUCCUGGAAGGGGAUCAGGAUUUCCGUUGCGAUGCCUGUUUUCCAGGCUACGAAGGACAAUAUUGUGAAAGGUGCUCUUCAGGUUAUCAUGGGAAUCCUCAAGCUGUGGGGGGCAGCUGCCAGAAGUGUGAAUGCAGUCCUCAAGGCUCAGCACACGGUUCCUGUGAUGGCUACUCCGGGCAGUGUGUCUGCAAACCAGGGGCCAUGGGGCUGCGAUGUGACAAGUGUGAAUCCAGGCACAUCCUAGUGGAGAGUGACUGCAUUUCUUGUGAUGAUGAAUGUGUAGGUGUGCUGUUGAAUGACUUAGAUAACAUUGGUGAUAUCAUUCUUUCUGUCAACCUCACCAGCAUCAUUCCUAUCCCAUAUGGAAUCUUGUCAAACUUGGAAAAUACAACUAAAUACCUCAGGGCAUCUUUAUUGGAAGAAAAUGCACAAAAGGAACUGGCAAAGACUCAACUGGAAGGUGUCGCAGAACAGACCCAGGACUUGCAAAAGGAGCUCACUAGAGUGUUGACAAAUAGCCAACAUGUGAACAGCAUGACUGCAAGAGUCCGCAACAAGAGUGAAGACCUCAGGACAUUUAUUGAGAAGCUACAGAUAAACAUCAUAGAAAUUAUUGAAAAAGCAACAACUUUAAAUCAGACCUUGGAUGAAAAUUUCCAGGUACCCAGUCAUGCUCUUCAAAAUAUGCAAGAGAACAUUACAUCUUUGCUGGAAGCCAUACAGAAAAUGCACUUCAAGCAGUUACACCAAAAUGCUACCAUUGAACUCAAAGCUGCUGAAGAUUUACUGUCACAGAUUCAGAAGAAUUACCAGAAGCCACAGGAAGAGGUGAAGGUAUUAAAAGAAGCAGCCAACAACCUCCUUUCAAAAUAUAGCAGUGAACUUCAGGUGGCAGAAGACCUAGUGCAUGAAGCAGAUAGAAAGACCCAGGAAAGCAGCCACCUGCUACUCAUUAUCAAUGCCACCUUGCGAGAAUUCAAGGAUAAAAAGCUGCAUGUUCAAGAAGAACAAAAGUUGACCUCAAAGCUAAUUGCCAAAGGAAAAGGAUUGAUAAAUGCUGCCACUGCUUAUGCAAACGUUGCCCAAAAUGCUCUAACUCCAUUAGAGCACCACCGGGAUGAGCUGCUUCUGUGGAAUGCUAAACUCAGGGGCCAUGUAGAUGAUUUGGUCAUGCAGAUGUCCAGAAGAAAAGCACUUGACCUUGUCUACAGAGCUGAGGAUCAUGCCACUGAGCUCAAAAGACUAUCAGGUGUUCUGGACAGUGGCCUUGAAAAUGUCAGACAUGUGUCCCUGAAUGCAACCAGUGCAGUCCAUGUCCAUUCCAACAUUCAAAACGUGAUAGAAGAAUCAGACAGACUGGCAAACCAUGCUCUCAGGACUGUGACUGAGGCGAGCCUGUUCUCCGAAUUCCUUGUUUCUAAUGGGAAAGUGACUCUCCAUCGAAGUUCCAAAUUUCUAAAAGAAAGCAAUAGCCUGAGUAGGAGGCAUCAAGGUAUUACAUUGGAAUUGAGUGAAUUGAAAAGAGCGGUGAAAAGAUUUCAAGAGAAUGCUGGUAAAAUUACCAGGCAGAUCAAUGAAUCACUCUUGAUACUUAAAGCAAUUCCUGAAGGUGUCAGAAACAAAGAAAGGAACACCAAAGAGCUAGCCACGUCUGCAAACCAGAGUGCAGCGAGCACGCUGAAGAAUGUUGUGGGUUUGAGCCAAAAGCUGCUGAAUACAUCGACUACCCUGUCCAGGGUGAAUGCCACAUUACGAGAAACAAAGGGGCUCAUGCAUGACUCCUCAGAGGCCACUCUGUUAGUUGGAAGAAAAGUUAAAGAUGUGGAAACGCAAGCCAACCUUUUAUUUGAUCGACUGAAGCCUUUGAAGAUAUUGGAAGAGAACCUGAGCAGAAACCUAUCAGAAAUUAAACUGCUGAUCAGCCAGGCCCGGAAACAAGCAGCUUCUAUUAAAGUUGCUGUGUCUGCAGAUAGAGAUUGCAUUCGGGCCUACCAGCCACAGAUUCCGUCUACUAACUAUAACACCUUAACACUAAAUGUCAAGACUAGCGAACCAGACAACCUUCUGUUCUAUCUCGGGAGCAGCACCAGCGAGGAUUUCCUGGCCGUGGAAAUGCGGCAUGGAAAGGUGGCCUUUCUGUGGGAUGUGGGCUCUGGGUCCACACGACUGGAAUUUUCAGACUUCCCUAUUGAUAACAACAAAUGGCACAGUAUCUACGUAACCAGGAAGAAGUCUCCUGCUGUGAAGGUUGCUCACUUUAAAGGCUGCAUGGGAGAGGCCUUCUUGAAUGGGAACUCUAUUGGCCUGUGGAAUUACAUUGAAAGGGAAGGCAUAUGCCAUGGCUGUUUUGGAAGUCCCCAGAAUGAAGACUCCUCCUUCCAUUUUGAUGGGAGUGGAUAUUCUGUCGUUGAGAAGACCCUCCGGGCGACUGUGACACAGAUAAUCAUGCUCUUUAGUACCUUUUCACCUAAUGCGCUGCUUCUUUACCUCGCUUCAAAUGGCACUAAAGAUUUUUUAUCCAUCGAGCUGGUCCACGGCAGAGUUAAAGUCACAGUUGACCUGGGUUCAGGACCUCUUGCUCUUAUUACAGACAGACGUUAUAACAACGGAAGUUGGUACAAAAUCGCCUUCCAGAGAAACCGAAGACAAGGACUUCUGGCAGUUAUUGAUGCCUAUAAUACCAGUUAUAAAGAAACAAAGCAAGGCGAAGCUCCAGGAGCAUCUUCUGACCUCAAUCGCCUAGAUAAAGAUCCAAUUUAUGUUGGUGGAUUACCUAGAUCAAGAAUUAUAAGGAAAGGACUCACCAGUAGAAGCUAUGUGGGCUGUAUCAAAAACCUGGAAAUAUCUAGAUCGACUUUUGAUUUACUCAGAAAUUCCUAUGGAGUGAGAAAAGGCUGUAUGCUGGAGCCUAUCCGGAGUGUUAGCUUCUUGAAAGGUGGCUAUGUUGAGUUGCCACCCAAGUCUUUGUCACUGGAAUCAGAAUUGUUGGCAACAUUUGCCACCAAGAACAGCAGUGGCCUCAUCAUGACUGGCCUUGGCAAGGACAUGGAGAGGCAGAGCCAACGGCAGACACACUUGCCCUUCUUUGCCAUCAUGUUGAUUGAAGGCCACAUCGAAGUCCAUGUUAACUCUGGAGAUGGAACAAGCCUGAGAAGAGCACUCCUGCAUUCUCCCACAGGCACUUACAGUGACGGACAAGAGCACUCUAUCUCCCUAGUUAGGAACAGGAGAAUUAUCACUGUCCAAUUGGAUGAGACCAGUCCUGUAGAAAUGAGAUUGGGCCCAUUAGCAGAAAGUAGGACAAUAAAUGUAUCCAACCUGUACGUAGGCGGCAUUCCAGAGAGUGAGGUGACAUCUAUGCUCAAAAUGAAACGGUCCUUCCAUGGCUGCAUCAGAAACCUGAUCUUUAACAUGGAACUUCUGGACUUCACUAGUGCAGUUGGCUAUGAACAGGUAGACUUGGACACGUGCUUGCUUUCAGAAACACCUAAAGGGGCUCUUGAAGGAGAGGACACUGAGCUUCCACCAGAACCUCAACCUCUACCCAGUCCUGGACAAUGUACAGUGGAUGAAGCCCCGGACUUUGUUCCCAAUGCUCAUCAAUUUGGCCUGGCACAGAAUAGCCAUUUUGUGUUUCCUUUCGAUCAGUCUGCUGUUAGAAAGAGGCUUUCAGUUCAGCUCAGGUUGCGAACAUUUGCCUCCAAUGGUCUGAUUUACUACAUGGCUCAUCAGAACCAGGUUGAUUAUGCCACACUACAGCUCCAUGGGGGCCACCUCCAUUUCAUGUUUGACCUUGGCAAAGGCAGGACAAAGGUGUCGCACCCCACACUGCUCAAUGACGGCCAGUGGCACACGGUCACAACAGAGUACAUUAAAAGAAAGGGAUUCAUGACUGUUGACAGUGUAGAAUCCCCAGUGGUGACCACAGUGGGAGAUGGUACUACAUUGGAUGUGGAAGGAAAGUUCUACCUGGGAGGCCUUCCUGCUGAGUACAAGGCCAAAAAUAUUGGAAAUAUUACCCACAGCAUCCCUGCCUGCAUUGGGGAGGUGACCAUUAACAGCAAACCACUGGAAAAGGAUAGCCUAAUGUCUACCUUUGCAGUAAACAAGUGCUAUGCUGUGGCCCAGGAAGGAACUUUCUUUGAAGGAAGUGGAUAUGCUGCUUUUGUGAAAGAGGGCUACAAAGUCCGGUCAGAUGUAAACAUCAGCCUCGAGUUCCGUACCUCCUCAAUGAAUGGUGUCCUCCUGGGGAUCAGCAGCGCCAGAGUGGAUGCCAUUGGAUUAGAGAUUGUCAGUGGCAAGGUUUUGUUUCAUGUGAACAAUGGUGCUGGUAGGAUAACAGCCACAUAUGAGCCCAAAGCUACCAGUACUCUCUGUGAUGGGAAAUGGCAUACACUUCAAGCUAACAAAAGCAAACACCAAGUGGUUCUGAUUGUUGAUGGAAAUGCAGUUCGUGCUGAAAGUCCACAUGCCCAGUCCACCUCGGCAGACACCAACAAUCCCAUUUAUGUUGGUGGCUAUCCUGCUGAUGUAAAGCAGAACUGCCUGACCAGCCACACCUCAUUCCAAGGCUGUUUGAGGAAACUCACUCUGUCAAAGGGCCCACAAGUACAAUCCUAUGACUUCAGCAAAUCUUUCCACCUUCAAGGGGUUUUCCCUCAUUCCUGUCCUGGGGCCGAGCCCUGA